GGACCACGAGGGCGACCAGCUGCUCACCCCGGGGGCCCAGCGCGCCCUGGACGCGUGGCACUGGAGGCGGCGGGGCUCCGCGCCCCUGGCCGCCCUGCUGCUGGUCGCGGCCGCCCUCGCCGCGUACCACUCGGCGCAGGCGCAGAGGACCCGGGGUGCCGAGGUGGCGCCAGCCGCUGCGGGAGCCACCGGCCUGGUCGAGGAGAUCGGGAUCCGCUGGAGAUUGUGACCGCGGAGCGGCUGGAGAAGAUGUCGACCAAGGAGCUGAUCAAGCUCGCGAAGAAGCUCCAGGGGGAGGUGGCCGAGAUCGACGACGACAUGGACCUCUCCGUGGAGGAGGACCCCUGCAAGACCCGCAGGGAGAGUGCCCGCCGGCUGCAGGCCGCGAGGCUCCGCAGGCUCCAGGCCGAGGCGGAGAGCGUAGAGAUUGGGAAGGAGGAGUUCGAAGAGCUCCUCGAGGAGGAGAUUGCAGAGAUCGAGGGCGAAGAAGACCCGUGCUCCAUGCCCGAGGAGGCUUUCCUCAAGGUGGAGGAGGUCCUGGACCAGGAGAUCGUGGGCACCGAGUCGGAGAGCCAGGGAGCCUUGCGCGAGGAAGAGGCCAAGCUGAAAAAGGUGCACGGCUCUGUCGAGGCGGAAGCCUCCGGUCACACAGCGACGGAGGUCAGCGCCGAGGGCCUCAACUUCACGCACCGGCACAGAAAGCCACCGGCCAGCGCGAAGUGCUCCGCGAGCCACGAGGACUGCAGGUCCACCGAGUGCUGCUCCGACCCCGGGCUGCAGUGCUAUCCAAAGAACAAGUGGUGGGCGAUGUGCCUGGUCGCGUGCAUCCCUGGCGCGCCCGACCCUGCCGACGUGGACCCCGAGGUCUGGAGCUGCAGGGAGAUCGGCGAGCGCUCCGGGGGCAGGCCGAUCGAGCCGGAGGACCGGUGCCACGACGUCCACGACAACUGCAUGGACUCGAAGUGCUGACCCCGGCUUCGCCUGCUUCACCAAGAACGACACGUUUGCGAGGUGCAUGCCGCAGUGCGCCCCCGGCCCCCAGUACUUCGACCUCGACAACGGCGACCCGUGGAGUUGCCACCAGGUCGGUGCCGCGGCGCUCUCCACCGUCGGCAACUGGACGAAGGCGAACUGCUCUGGGGACGCGGACGACUGCCGCGAGAGCAGGUGCUGCGCCACCAGCGGCCUCCAGUGCUACGAGGUGGGCGGCAAGUCGGCCCGUUGCCUGGCGAGCUGCCCGGAGGGCGGCGGCCCGUGCACGGAGCUGGGCUACCGGACCCCGCCGCCCCCGACCGAGCUGCCCAGCGGGCCCCUCGGCGGGAAGGUCGGUGGGUGGGUCAAGGACUCGUGCUCCCAGGACUCGACGGCGCAGAUUGCAGCGGCACCUCGUGCUGCGUUGGCAGGGGGAUGCAGUGUUACGAGAAGGACCUCGGAUGAGGAAUAGCGCUCACGCGACGUGCGCGGACAAGUGCCAUGCGAACAGCACCUGGAGUUGCAAGAAACUCGGCACCCGGAGCUGGGGUCUUGCGCUGGUGGGCUAUCCUUCGCUGUUCUGCGUCACGUUCCUCAGGAUAGACUCCUACGAGCCUGCGUUGGUGGAGUAUCAGUGGAAGGAGCGCACUGGUAUUUUUGCGUGCGACAGCUUUAGAAUUUUCGCUGACAACGUGACCACCAUCGCUGGCAGGGAGACUCUCAAGACUCCCAAGAUGGAGGUCGAGGUGAUCAAGGACGGCACCGCAGGGAACGCAGGGAUCUUCAUGAAGGCAUGGGAAAUGAUCUUCGCGGAAGGCUCCAUCUGGGAUCACGACUGGACGGUGAAAGCAGACCCCGAUGCCGUCUUCUUGCCCGACAGGUUGCGGUGGCGGUUGGAGCCGCAUACAGAUAAUCGGUCACGGGAACCACGGCGGCCUCUUCGUAAUGAAUUGCAACGCUUGGCCAGAUUUGGCCGUGUACCCCUUGAUGUACGGCUCGGUGGAGGUCUUCUCUCGGGCGGCCAUGCGGCAGUAUUCGAGGCACAGCGAGAAGUGUAGGAAUCUUUGCCGUGGCAGGAGUGGGGGGAGGAUUUCUUCAUGACCCGCUGCAUGGACCACAUCGGCGUUGGCAGCGUCGAGGACUUCGGCCUGGUUGGCGACGACGUGUGCGUGGGUCCUGGCCAGAAGGGCGCGGGCGAGUGCGACGAUUCGAACAGGGCGGCGUUCCACCCCUUCAAGGACCUCGAGUCCUGGAAGCGAUGCUACAAAAACGCUAUCAAGUGAGCCGGCCGACCUCACGUUGCCGCGGACGACAUGUGUGCACCGUACCGCGUUGGCGCUCCUCGAGGUGUCGUCGAACCUCGACCAAGGAACGGAACGGUGCAUAGUUUUCCAGUCCCCAAAACAACAAAGAUUCGCACCGUACCGCGCGGGGGCGGGGCCUGUAGGGAGUCCAGACAUGGUACGAUGCAUGUGCGCCGUUCUCGUAGUUUUAAGUCGGUCCUGUCACUCUACAGGAGGAAUAUUCCCGUGUAAAAAGGACAUGCCCGAUUUAAUCGUAGCUGACGACGGCACAGCAACGCAAACACGCACUUUGUUGGGGUGCUUCGCGCGGCUGUCGGGGCGAGGUCGGCGCGCCCGGGGCUUCUCCCUGGCGGCGCGCGCCCGUGGCCGGGAGGGCGGGCCGGCGCCGAUCCAAACCGAGAUCUUCGCGGAGCUGAAGUCGAGCAACAGCGAAGCGUCUUGGAUUGAGGUUUUCAGACGCCUUGUUCCUCCUCCUCCUCCUCUUCCUCUUCU